ACGCGAUGACCUCAGGCGCUCGACUCCUCACCUUGCUGUCGUGCGCGACCGCGCUGCAGCGCGCCGCGCCACCGCUGCGACCGUCUUCGGCGGUCCGCGCGGAGGACAAGGCCGCCGACAACGGUGAAAGCCUCGGCCGGCGCCACUUCAUCCGCGAGAUCAUCGAGACGGACCUCAAGGAGAAGAAGCACGGCCAGAUCGUGACGCGCUUCCCGCCGGAGCCCAACGGGUUCCUGCACCUGGGCCACGCCAAGUCCAUGUGCGUCAACUUCGGCCUCGCGUCGGACUACGGCGGCCGCGCGCACAUGCGCUUGGACGACACGAACCCCGAGAAGGAGAACCGGGUCUUCGGCGACGCGAUCCUGGAAGAUGUGCGCUGGCUCGUCGGCGAGGCCACGGGCCCCCAGACGGGCAACCGCGACCCCUGGUACGGCAACGUGCGCCACGCGUCCGACUACUUCGACGUCAUCUACGCGGCCGCGAAGGCGCUGGUCGCGCGCGGCGACGCGUACGUCGACUCGCAGUCCGCCGAGGCCAUGCGCGAGACGCGGGGCACGCUGACGAAACCCGGCUCGAACUCGCCCUUCCGCGACCGGAGCCCGGCGGAGAACCUCGAGCUGCUCGAGCGCAUGCGGAACGGCGCGAUCAAAGAGGGCGAGGCCGUCCUGCGGGCCAAGAUCGACAUGGCGUCGCCGAACUUGAAUCUGCGGGACCCGGCGCUCUACCGCGUCAAGGCCGGCACGCCCCACCCGCGGACCGCGGACGACUGGCGCAUCUACCCCAUGUACGACUUCGCGCACGCCGUCUCCGACUCGAUGGAGGGCAUCACGCACUCGCUCUGCACGCUCGAGUUCGAGGACCACCGGCCGCUCUACGACUGGGUCGUCGACCGCUGCCCCGAGCCGCGCGGCGACCGGCCGCGGCAGAUCGAGUUCUCGCGGCUGAACGUGGCGCACACCCUCAUGUCGAAGCGCAAGCUCGCGAAGCUCGUCGAGGACGCGGCCGUCGACGGCUGGGACGACCCGCGGCUGCCGACGCUCGCGGCGCUGCGCCGCAAGGGCGUGCCGCCGGCGGCGCUGCGCCUCUUCUGCGAGCGCGUCGGCGUGUCCAAGGCCGACAGCUCCAUCGACCCGGAGCUCGUCGACGACGCCGUGCGGGAAGUGCUGGACGCGUCCGCGCCGCGCGCGAUGGGCGUGCUGCGGCCGCUGAAGGUCACGGUCACGAACUGGCCGGCGGACGGCGAGGACGAGCGGUUGGACGCGCCGCGGCACCCGAAGGACGAGGCCAUGGGGAAGCGCGAGCAGCUGCGCUUCGGGUCGUCGCUCGUCAUCGAGCGCGCGGACUUCCACGAUCCCGAGACCGACGGCGCCGCGCCCGCGGGCUUCAACCGCCUCGUCGCCGGCGGCCGCGUGCGCCUGCGCUACGCGUAUGUGUUGACCUGCGACGACGUCGUGCGCGGCGCCGACGGCGCCGUCGAGGAGCUCCGGUGCACGGCGUCGCUCGACACGCGCGCGGGCGCGCGCGGCGACCCCGAGAUCCCGCGCGUCAAGGGCAUCAUCCACUGGCUCCGCGCCGACGACGCCGUGCCCGUCACGGUCCGCCUCUACGACAAGCUCUUCGCCUCGGCGACGCCCGGCGAGGGCGACGACGCGCUGAACCCGAAGGCGCUCGAGGUCCUCGAGGACGCGCUGCUCGAGAAGGACGCGCUCGAAGGCUUGGAGAACCGGGGCGCGAUCCAGCUCGAGCGCGUGGGCUACUUCUGCGCCGAC